UGACAAUAACUGAUUGUCAAGUCAAACAUUGGUUAACCUAGAACUUUGGAUUAGAAACCAUACAAAAAAUGUAAACAAUGAAAUUUAAUCCGCGAAUAUUAGUCUCGGCGUGGAGUCGUGGUGCCAGUUACAGCACCAAGCCGACGGCACGUCAGGCCGAAAUUAUGGCUAGAGGUUUGCCCAAACAGGCACCUUUGCCCGGCGUAAAAGAUAUUGUGGUUGUUGCUUCCGGCAAAGGAGGCGUUGGUAAAAGCACGACAUCAGUGAAUCUGGCAGUUGUAUUGGCUCAAAUGGGCAAACGCGUUGGAUUGCUUGACGCAGACAUAUUUGGUCCAUCGAUACCGUUAAUGAUGAAUUUGAAUGAUACUCCACGUGUUGAUGACAAGAAUUUGAUGAUUCCGUUGCAAAACUAUGGCGUUAAAUGUCUGUCGAUGGGAUUUUUGAUUGAUCCUGAUAAACCGAUAAUAUGGAGAGGGCCACUUGUAAUGUCAGCAUUGCAACGACUUCUAAAAGGCGCUGUUUGGGACCCACUUGACAUUCUGGUUGUUGAUACACCGCCGGGUACAGGUGACAUACAUCUGUCAUUAGCUCAAAAUGUACCUAUAUCGGGAACAAUACUAGUCAGUACACCCCAGAAAGCAGCUUUGAAUGUUACAAAACGUGGAGCCGAAAUGUAUCAAACGCUCAAAAUUCCAUUGAUUGGCAUAAUUGAGAAUAUGAGCCAUGUCAUUUGCACCAAUUGCCAAGAAAAACUACAAAUUUACCCCAACAGCACGGAAGAAUUGGCAAAAGAUCUCGGCAUCGAUAUUCUAGCUUCAAUACCUAUUGAUUCUCAAUUGUCCCAAUGUUCGGACUCUGGUAUUCCCAUUGUUAUCAAAUUCCCCGAUUCAACACACCACAACAGCUAUAAAACAAUUGCAACCAAGUUGAUAAGUUUUCUGGAUGAAAGUGAUUCGACUAAAAGUUGA